AUGAAAAUAGACUUGAAUGUCAAAAAUAAAUUUGGUUUUGUUAAUGGUACUCUUCCCAAACCAACAUCCUCCUCAAUAGAAACUCAAUUGUGGGAAUGUUGCAGUGAUAUGGUCUUAUCAUGGAUCCUCAACUCCAUUGAUCCUUCCAUUGCUCACAGUAUGAUCUAUCAUGAAUGUCCUCAUGAUGUAUGGCUGGAUCUUGAGAAUCGUUUCUCUCAAAGCAACAAUCCUCGAAUUUUCAAAUUGAAGCGUGACAUUACUACUCUUUCCCAUGGCUCCAUGACCGUCUCUAUGUAUUUUACAACACUUAAAGGUUAUUGGGAUGAACUCGCUAUGCUUGCCUCCGCACCGCAGUGCACUUGUGGUGCCUUAACCGUAUUAAUUCGAAUGCAAGACACUGAGCGAUUUUUUCAGUUUUUGAUAGGGCUACAUAACUCAAAUGCUUCCAUUCGCAGCCAAAUUUUGGCCAUAGAUCCUUUACUUUCUGUCACCAAAGUCUAUUCAAUUUUGCAUCAAGAAGAGAAACAACACCUUCUUCAUAUAUCUAGUGUUCCAAUAGAAUUUGUUGCCAUGGCGGUUCCCCGUAAUUUUUCUCAUUCUUCUGAUAGCAAGGGGCGAGGGCAUGGUUAUCCAAAAUGUGACCACUAUGGUCGUAAUGGUCAUUGGAAAGCACAAUGUUAUAAGCUGCAUGGUUUUCCCAACAAGAAGUCUCCAUCUCGUGGUACACCUGAUAAAAAAUCUAGUUCUUCAAUGGUUGCAAAUAAUGUCACAAGUUCUUCAACUUUUUAUAAGAUUGCCAUCCCUAGUCUCACGAAUGAACAAUACUGUCAACUAUUGGAUCUUUGA